CCUGACUGUCUCCCUCCCUCUCGGCCCUUCAUUCGCAGGCGGGGUACGAUCCCAGACUCCCAGCAACAACACCUCGGCAGUGAAUCCUCGGAAAGCUCGGGCUUCCCAAUUGCCAUCCAUCCUUCCAGUCGACGACAUUUCACGGACAUUUAAGCCUUGCCGCAAGACAGACGGACGUCGAAACGAAUAAGAAAAGCACUGGAAGGAGGCGCAAAGACACAUUUCCAUACUCGAUGACAUUACAUCGCAAUGUCCGAUCGUUUGGGGCAAAUAACCAAGUCCAAGGAUGGGAAAAGCAAGUACUCCUCACUCAGCCUGUUUGACAAGUACAAGGGAAAAUCAAUAGAAUCUCAGAAAAACUCAGUUCCGCGACAUGGCCUGCAGAGUCUUGGCAAAGUGGCCGCAGCCCGGCGCAUGCCCCCGCCCGCUCACCUACCGAGCUUGAAGUCUGAAAACAAAGGAAACGAUCCCAACGUGAUUAUUGUCCCGAAAGACGGAACAGGAUGGGCAAACAAGCCGGAUCAACCCGAUCAAAAGAGUUCUGGUGCAUCAAUACCUCAGCUGCCGGAGUCGCAGCUGCAGCUGGCUUCUCAGAAGUCAGUCUCCAAUCUUCAGAAGCCUCCGCCAGUAGCCAAUCAGGAGAACAUAAACACAGGUGGACCAAAGCAAUGGGCCCAGCUAAAUGGAAAGGGAGUAGAGCAAGAUGGUUCAAGGGCCUUAAACCGACUUCAGCCCUUCUCUCACGAGGAAUUUCCCACACUGAAGGCCGCUGGAGAACAGGACAAAGCUGGCAAGGAAAGAAGCGGCUACGAUCCGUCGUAUGGGCCCGGACCAAGCCUCCGCCCGCAGAAUGUGACCAGCUGGAGGGAAGGAGGCGGCAGGAACCUCCAGCCCUCGUCCCUGACUCUUGGCCUGCCAGCGGACCUCGAGGGCAAACUCACCGCCCCGGGGGAGACGGGCACCCCUCCCGCCACGUCCCACCCUUCCUCCGCCACCAGCACUGCCUCAUCUAGCACCGUUGCGGCAGUCGUCCAGACGCCGAGCGCCGACCUCAAGGAGCCCUCCCUGCGUCCCGCUCAGCCUCUCCGCAGAACAGUGGUCCCCUCAGCCCUGCAGCAUCAGCUCCACCAUACCUCCAAUGCCGUCUACCAUGACAUGUUGCCAGCUUUUAUGUGCUCCAAAGAGACGCGUGAAACUUCAGGUACAGACCAUGUUCUUGCUACUGUUGCAGCACCAGCCCGAUUUGACAGCAAACCCACGUUUAGACAGACUUGCGCUAAACCUGAACUGGUCAAUGGCGACAUUCGAAGAGAGAACCGUUUUGUCCGCACGGCACCCCGGCUCUCGUCCCAGCCCAUCCGUCGGCCCAGCGACAGACCGCAGCGACCCGCCAUCAUUAACCCCGAGGAUCUGAAAGAUCUGGAUGACCUUGACAACGACUGUGAGGAUGGAUGGGCUGGUCUUCACGAAGAAGUCGAUUAUAGUGAGAAGCUCAAGUUCAGUGAUGAUGAGGAUGAGCACUCAGCCAGUGAUAAAAACAAGAUGUGGCCUGAGUGGGAAAGGGAGAAUCGACGCGACUGCCCGUCCUCCCUAAGCUCGGGUGAGGGCCCCGAUGAGAGUUAUUCUUAUCAACAUCAGGAGCCUUCGAGGAAGACCAACAACAGAUAUCUCUCUGCAGACACCCAAUCCCAACAGAAGAAUCACAGCGAGAUUGUACCUGACCCCGAAGACCACCAACGUCCGUCUCAGCCUCCAGCCAGGGCAAAGUUCGCAACGCCCGAGCUCUCUGAGGCAGUCGAGAGGGCGCGUAGACGUCGCGAGGAGGAGGAGCGCCGUGCCCGUGAGGAACGGCUGGCGGCCUGCGCAGAGAAGCUCAAAAAGCUGGAUGAGAAAUUUGGAAAGACCGAAAGGCAAACCUCGAGGACAGAGGAGGGUCACAAAGAUGGAGAGGGCAAAGAAGCCCCCUUGUCUCCCAGCAGGGAUCUUAUUAAAGCCUCCCAUGACAACUGCCAGUACAAUACAAAAGAUGAAUGCUCCUCAGACAACUCACCUAGCCCUAGUUUCCGCGAGGAGCUCAGUUUCCCCGCCUAUCGCAGCAGUGAGGAUGACAGUCAGGAGCCCCCCUCCCCGUCUGGGGAUUACAGCGGACACCCUAGUUCGAAGCCUGUUCCACCACGCUUUCAAAAGCAACCCCAACAGCACCAGCAGCAGGAGCAGGCAUACAAGAUGCAGCACUGGCAGCAGUCUGGCCACCAAGGCUCAUCUGGAACAAGCCACACACAGCGGGGCUACUAUCCACCCCACGUCCUCGGUUUUGAUCCCCUCUGGAUGAUGAUGCCCACUUUCAUGGAUCCCCGCGUCAGCCAAGGAAGAUCACCCGUUGACUACUAUCCUGGUCAUAUCCACUCUUCUGCAGGAAUGAUGAAACCUUUGAUGCACCAAGAUCGCCUGAACAGUCCCAGUUCUGAUGAAGGUCAUUCCAACCUGCACCAGGAGAGAAGAACCCCUUCUGCAGAGCCGUAUGGUGUCUGGAGCCAGGAUGGCUACCCCUUGCGCAGUUUUACUCCACCUUACCAGAGGCAGCAUGACAACCAGGACAACGGUCAGCUUGAUGACAGAAGCGAUUUAGCCUCUUCCCAGCAGGAGAUUUACGAGGACAAGGUCAGUGAUGGUGUGAACCAUUCCCAAGAUGAUCACCAUCACGCCUUCCAGAGUCGAGCCUCAGAACGAGACCACAUAGACCAGGCGCUGCUGACGGGUGUUCAAAUUCACACCCAGCAACAUGCAGAUAAUGAAUACCCCAAAAAAGACUCACAAGACCCUAAUCUGAAGAGUAGUCUUGAUUCGCAAGAUGAGAGCUUUGAUGGUUGUAAGCACAACUGGAAACGAGACGGAGGAAUCAGUGCUCAAAGCCAGUGGUCCAAUUCCAGUACUGGUGGCGGCCAGCCUAUAGAGACCUCCGGGCGCAUUUUGACACGCAGAACUGGACCAAUUAAGAAACCAGUUCUCAAGGCUCUGAAAGUGGAAGACAAGGAGAAUGAGAAGCCCAAACAGGAGCCUGAAGAAAAGCCUGUUCCAUACCGUUUGGAAAAGGAAGUCCUGACCAAUGUCUACGACUUAAAGAAGGACAGUCAGUCUGUCAGCAAUAGGCGUUCUGGGUCGCCCGUGGUGGUAAAACAGCUGGAAGAGAAGCAGCAUCAGCCUCCGGCUCCAACUAAAGUAGAGCGGCCGCAAGUAAUCGCCCAGAAUGAGAAUUCUUCCAGGGAGAGCGUCUGGGACACAAACAAAUUUCAGCUGCCGAGAGAUGUUCAGGAAAAUGCGGAGGCUCAGGUCCCUCGACGCAACAACUGGAUCUUCAUCGAUGAAGAACAAGCUUUCGGUCCUGUCUCAGGUUCCGGAAGAGGCCGCGGAAGAGGUUUUAGGGAUUUUAAUUCUCGAGGGGGAGGACGCGGAGUUCGAGGCGGAGACAACAUCAGAGGCGCCUACAACAACGGCACCGGUCAGGCUCAGCGUACGGGCAGAGGCCGAGCCCAGCUGAGAGAGCUGAAGGUGGAGGAGUUCCAAAGAGGCAAACCACGAAGACGUAAUGUCAGCGAGACACUCAGUGAAACCUCUGAGUAUGAGGAGCUACCUAAGAGACGGCGACAGAAGGGCUCAGAAAACGGAGAAAGUUAUGCUGAGUCUGGAGACUCUCGCAAAGUUGACCGGGAGUCUUGGAGAUCCAACAAGGUGUACACGGAAGACCAGGUUGCGGCUGAUUCCAGAGAAAAAGCCAAGACCAGCAGAGGUUUCGGCGGUCGCGUGUUGCCUCCCAGGCUGAAUACUGGAAACUAUACGAGAGGCUACGGCGGCUCAAGAGAGAUAUCCACCUGGAGGGGUCGCGGUCCCCAGUUUGGUAGCAGCAGUGCUUCCAUGCAAGAAAACGGUUACGGUCCCAGAACGGAUGCUUCUUUUUCACGUAAACCUGCUGAACGCGAGGCUCUCAAGUACCCCACAAAAUUUACUGGCUCUUUCCUAGAAAAUGGCUCCGAGGAUCGGGAGGGAGAAUACUACUUUGACCCUGAAAACCCUGACAGGCAGGCUCUGAGAAGGCGGCGCCCCCCACGUCAAGACAAACCUCCACGGUUCCGCCGCCUGCAGCAAGAACGCGAGCCGGGUUCCAACCAGUGGACCGGUGAAGAAUACGUAAACGGAGACUUCACAAACCCCUGGCCUGGCCGUCCUAAAGCAAACGGGGAAGACAACUGGUCCAGCGGCCUCUAUCCCGGAGGGCGCGGCGGCCAGCCCUCCCAGGCAGAAGAAUGGGAGACAGGAUCGGACAACAGCGAUUUUGGCGACUGGAGGGAGAAGCAAGGAGGGAGCGGCGGCACACCCGUGCAGGGACACGUCGACGUUCUUUCAGACUCAUGCCACGGCGAAGCGGGUUCUGUCGAGAAAAGGGAGCUUUCCAAGCGAAGCUUCUCCAGUCAAAGGCCGCUGAUUGAACGCCAGAACAGAAAAGGCGAACCCUCAAUGCUAGAGACUAAUAAGAUUGCACGUGCUCCUGAAAUCCCACAAUCUGCUUCCUCAAGCAGGAGUGACACUUGGCAGAAUGGAGGGGCCUCUUGUAAGAGUAGGAGCCCAGAUGAAUCAGGCCCCGUCUUUAGUAUUGAUCCGUCGGAGGAGCGGGAGCUAAGUGAAUCCUCAGCAAGUACCUUUGACAAACCAGGAUCCAUUAAACCUGACAUAGUGGAGCCUCUUCCUCAAUACGAGCUGACUGCUUACCCAAUCGAGGACAAUGCCGUGGGACCUAUUUCAAAUACAGAUCCUUACCAGGAUGCGUUGUCCAAAAAACAAAGACGUCCACAAGAUGAUGAUAGACGGCGAAAGGAGGGAGUUGGUGUGACAGUGAAGAACAGGUCAGUUGCAUCCAAGAUGCCACCGCGCUUUGCCAAGAAGCAAGGGGGCAUGAGCCUCGAACAACCAGAAGAAACACUUUCCUCGAGUAAUUUGGGAACAGAAAUCUGGGAGACGAACAGCUCCGCUCUUUCAGUGCAGUCCUCAGGGGGAGACUCGUGGACUAAACAGGUGUCUUAUACCGGUAGCGAGCCAAACUCUGAGGACUCGGAUGCAGGACCAGAGCAAAACAAAGAGCAGCACAAACCGGGGCCCAUCGGAAACGAGCGCUCUUUGAAGAACCGCAAGGGCUCCGAGGCAGUGGAUCGCCUGGAAGGCGGCCCCAUCACCCCGGUCAAUGGCGUGGACCUCCACGUGGACGCUGUGCUUCCCGUGCCCCCCAUAGAAUUUGGUGUCAGUGCCAAGGACUCGGACUUUAGCCUGCCGCCAGGUUCCACCCCAGUGCCUGUUUCCAACCCUGUCAAUAAGCUUCAGGAUCCCCUUGCCGUUAACACUAUUCCCAUGCUCUGCUCAAAUCACCUGCAGCCCGGCAUUAACCUCAAUCCCCUCUCCUUUCCAAGCACCGACCUCACACUUAAGAUGGAGUCGGCGCGCAAAGCAUGGGAGAACUCUCAGUCACUUCCGGAGCAGGGUUCUCCAGGCGCAGGAGCCUCGGGGGUGCCCCCUCCGUGCAGCGUGGGCUCAUCCAGCGGCGUCAGCUACAGCUCUUUCGGCGGGGUCUCCAUGCCUCCCAUGCCUGUGGCCUCCGUAGCACCUUCCAUGUCCAUGCAAGGUAAUCAUAUUCCUCCUUUGUAUUUGGAUGGGCACGUCUUUCCAAGCCAGCCUCGCUUAGUUCCACCCACGAUGACUCAGCAGCAGACCUACCAACAAGCGGCAGCGCAGCAGAUUCCCAUCUCGCUGCACACGUCUCUCCAGGCUCAGGCUCAGUUGGGUCUUAGAGGAGGUCUUCCUGUGUCUCAGUCGCAGGAGAUGUUCAGCUCAAUUCCCCCCUUUAGGUCGCAGGUUUAUAUGCACCCCAACCUGUCGCAGCCCAGCCCCAUGGUCUUGUCUGGCGGUGCGCCGCUGAAAGGGCCAUACUCGCCGUUCCCCACCAUGCAACCCUCAGACAUGGUCAAGUCAUCGUCGGGAUCACACUAUCAGCCCAUGAAUGGAAACCAACAGCUUGUAUACGACAGCCAGUUGAACCAGGGGCCCAGCAUGGGGUCGUCGCAGCUUUUGGAUUCUCAACUCAUCCAGGUGACCAUGCCCUUGCCCGCGUCUCAGCUGCGCUACGGCUCCGCCCAGCAGCACCUCAUCCUUCCUCAGUCCAUUCAGCUGCAGCAAGGCCAGAACCUGUCAGUGGGAGGGCCGCGUCGGAUGAUGCCACCCGGCUCGCAACCGUCCGUCAUGCCUGGCGGCAGAGAGGUGCGUCACUUGACUCCAACACACAAAACUGCCAGCGUCGCCCAGUUCGAAUGGAUUGGCUCCCAGAUGGAAAUGAAGGGUUUCCAGUUUGCUGACAAGCCAAAUCAUUCACCAGGGAUGCCUGUGGGCUCCUAUAGUUCCUUCAGCAGGCCUGGAUCUGCGAGCCCAAGCGGAAAGCCGUCUGGCCCCGGAGGCCCGAUUGGACCAUUGCCCACCCAUCAUUAUACACAACAGGUCUCACCUGCUCAGGGCGGCUUGGUGAUGCACAUGCGUCCCCCCACCAGUGGCCCCUUCCCCAGCCCCAUCCAGAGACCGGUCAUGCAGGUCAACAAACCCGUCAUCAUACGCUCCCCCCCUUUCCCUAAUCCCGGCCGAGACCUCUCCCACACCACCCCUCCCUCGGCCCCCGAGCCCCCUAUCAAGGGGCCCGAGGAUGGCAUGAAGGUCGAAAACCCCCGAAUCGCCACUCACGCCGCCUUCUCGUCGGCACAGUGUAAAACCCUGCGAGAAGUGCGCAAAGCGGUCGGCGAGGCGCACGCGGGAGGCAUGACCAGCAAGCUCCAGGAGCCCCUAACCUCCACCGGCCACGGCAAACCGCCGCGCACGGGCGCCAUCAAACCUCAGUCGGCGAAAGCGGAGGAAGGCAAAGCGUAGUGUUCCGGAGCGGAAAGAUUGAAAAGACAGAUAGAAAAAUCACCCAGCCUACAAACACACAAGCUCCUUGCACAACCUCUGAGCCUUCUUCCAACUAGCACCGUCAGUUUCUCCCGUUGACCUUCCGGACACUUCUGACUUCACAACACAAUGUAAAACUUCUAGAGAAAGAGAGAUACUGUAUAUAUAAAUAUAUACAUAGACACAGCCUUUUAAAAGCAGAUCUUCACACAGUCCUCUUUAAUUUAUUACUUUUCUUUUUUCCUGUAAAUGACUGCUUGAUGGUUCAUUUGUGCGCACAGUUAUUUUUUGGACAAACUAUCAACUGCCUGAGAAUGGACAGUCGUUUGGUGAACAUUUUUCAAAACCAAUUCAAUACAGUUGGGCCGCUUUUCUUCCCCUUUUAUUUUAUUUGAACUCAACGGAAUUUUUUUUUAUUAUCAGGAACAAAAUGGCAAACAUUUGCAUGUCAGUGUCAGGUUAUUAAAAAACGGCAAAAGGUUUGCUUCACUUUGUCUUUGCUGUACAAAAUGGUGAUUCCCCCCCCACACCAAUCAAGUUGCUUCCACGUGAAUGCCCUCACAAAUCUAAUUGAGUGUAAAUGUUACAGCACUUUUAACCCCUUUAUGCCUGAAUUUACAUUUAACAAAUACAAUUUUUAUAAAGUAAUGGGGGAAUACAUACAAGUACUUAUAAAUAAGAAUAACAAAAGCAAACUGCAGGAAAUGAAAAAUACUGCAAAAAAAAAGGGGGAAAUCCUAAAUUUAAAGUCAUAAUAGAAGUUUUUUCCACAUUUGUUUUUUUUUAUAUAGGAUUUUUUAAAAAUGAAAAUUAAAUAUAACCCCCUAAAAUGCAUUCCCCCUAUAUUUACAUUUUUUUCUUAUUAUUUUUUUCUAGGCUUUUCUUUCUUUAAAAACAAAAACAAAAAAAAAAAAAAAAUCCACGCAUGAAAAAAAACACUUUUCACAUUUUUGUUUUUCCCCAUUUAAUUUUCUGUGUCAGUAUUUUUGCAUUAAAACAAUUUCAUUCCACACUACUUAUAAACUGUAUUCCUCCAAUGAUUUACAUAUGUUUAUUAAACAUGAAUUCAGGCAUCAAGGAGUAAACACAGGUGGGCAAAAUGAUGGCAUUUAGUUCUCAAACCACAUCACUGGCUGCAGACAUCUAUUUCCGUCAAUGUCAGCGAUUAAACAAUAAUAAACAGUUAUAAAAAAUAAAAA